CCGGACCGUCAGAGAGUGGUGGACCGGACACAAAUAACGGAGUAACGUCAGUAACUUUAGUAACUUUUACCGUCACGCUCAGGAUGCCAGGAUCAGCCCCGAUCAGCUGCUUAGGACCAUGGCCCAAAGAUGUGGGUAUCAUCGCCAUGGAACUGUACUUCCCGUCCCAGUAUGUGGACCAGGCCGAGCUGGAGCAGUUAGACGGUGUAACAGCUGGUAAAUACACUGUGGGCCUGGGCCAAGCUCGCAUGGGCUUCUGCUCAGACCGGGAGGACAUCAACUCUCUGUGCCUGACGGUGGUGCAAAGGUUGAUGGAGAGGAACAGUCUGUCCUAUGACAGCGUGGGCCGACUGGAGGUCGGCACAGAGACCAUCAUCGACAAGUCCAAGUCUGUCAAGACGAUCCUCAUGCAGCUGUUUGAGGACUCUGGCAAUACAGAUGUGGAGGGCAUUGAUACCACAAAUGCCUGCUACGGGGGUACGGCUGCACUCUUCAAUGCCGUCAACUGGGUGGAGUCCAGCUCAUGGGAUGGGCGCUAUGCUCUGGUUGUAGCGGGGGACAUUGCGGUCUACGCCACAGGAAGUGCCCGACCGACGGGAGGUGCUGGUGCUGUGGCCAUGCUGGUCGGGCCUAAUGCUCCUCUGGCCUUUGAACGAGGUCUGCGAGGGACCCACAUGCAGCAUGCAUAUGACUUCUACAAGCCAGACCUGAUGUCCGAGUAUCCAGUGGUGGACGGCAAGCUGUCAAUAGAGUGCUACCUGAGUGCCUUGGACCGCUGCUACUCUGUGUAUCGUAACAAGAUCCACGCACAGUGGCAAAGAGAGGGCUCAGAGGAGCGUUUCAGCCUGGAUGACUUUGACCAUCUAGUCUUCCAUUCUCCGUACUGCAAGCUAGUGCAGAAGUCGUUGGCUAGACUGAUGCUGAAUGACUUUCUAAACCACCCCAGCCCCAACACUGAGACGGGACCCUUCACAGGCCUCGAUGCCUUCAGAGAUGUACGACCAGAAGAGACCUACUUUGACCGGGAUGUGGAGAAGGCCUUUAUGAAGGCCAGUGCAGAUCUGUUCCAGAGGAAGACCAAGCCCUCCCUGCUGAUCUCUAACCAGAAUGGAAACAUGUACACGCCCUCCGUCUAUGGCUGCCUGGCAUCAGUCCUCGCAGAACACACAUCAUCACAGUUGGCAGGACAGAGGGUUGGAGUGUUCUCUUACGGUUCAGGAUUUGCUGCUACUCUGUAUUCUCUCAGAGUCACACAGGACCACACACCUGGGUCUGGUCUGGAGAAACUUGUGUCCAGCCUGAGUGACCUGAAGGCCAGACUGGACUCGAGACAGAAGGUUUCGCCUGCUGUCUUCUCUGAGAACAUGAAGCUGAGAGAAGAGACGCACCACCUCGCCAGCUACGUCCCUCGAGGCCCAGUGGCGGAUCUGUUCCCGGGGACAUGGUACCUGACCCGAAUAGAUGACAAGCACCGUAGGGAAUACGCCCAAAGACCUCUGGACAAUGACCUGUCAGCAGAGCCAGAAAUAGUUCGCUCCAGCACUGCCCCCGAGCACAUCCCCAGUCCAGCCAAGAAGAUGCCUCGCAUCCCUGCAGCCACCGCUGGCCCCGAAGCUGCCGUCAGCAACUGAGCACUGAGCUUACCUCUGAGAGGUAUCAAGGAAACUCUAACAACUAGACGACACUAGAGGUCCGACGGGUAGUAAGACCCAACAGUGUCCCCUCUGAAAACACCAGACUAACUAAAUUAGGUUGGAGCCGUGUGGACGCCUUCCCAUCGUCCCCCUGUUGUCCACAUGUAAUACUGUCGGACAGUAAAGUCCAUAUUUGACCACAGUCUAUUUUGAUCACGAUAAUCAUUUGUUUUAGCAAUCCUUUAUUUCAAUGUUAACAAUUGUACAUAUUUUCCUUUUGCAUUUGUGCAAAGUGGACCGUUUCUAUUUGGGAGAAGCACAGGCAGAUGUUUGCAAAGAUUAUUGCUGAUGUUGAGUUAAACAAGCAGGCUUCCUACUGGCAGCUGGCAGCCAGUGACGGGAAGAGGAAAUGGACAGAAUGAAUGUGGUUGCAGGCCUCCUGCUGAUUUAAAAGAUCAAAGGGAAGUGUGCCGCAACCGUGUUAAUACAUUGAAAAAGUGCUGACGCCACAGCAGCCGGAGGCGGAGCGCCUACCCACCCCACUCUGCUCUUUGUGUUCAAUACCUCAGUUUUCUAUGAAAAGAUGUGGUCAGUUUUCUGCAGCUUCAUCAUGUGACCCUGUG